AUGUUUGAGACAAGAGGACAGAGAUGGACUCAAGGCCUCGCUGCCCUUCCGGAACCCCCCAACGUACUGUAUUUUCCAGCGGGAGCUGAUGAGAAUAUCACUGAGACCUUCUACGAUGAUACGACCCACAAGGACCGAGAUAGCCAGUGGAUAGAAUACUUUGUGGCCCCAGUCGUGUCCGAGCGCGUCAACGGGGCCGCCUGGGGCAUGCUUGUGAAUGUCAGCGCGAGGCUAGCUCAACCUCAGCGGGACCUACGAUUGCUCAACGUUACCGGGUAUGGUGAUUACCGGAACCUGACGACCGCAUGGGGAUAUGUCGAGUCCGGCCCUCUUUAUGAAUGCAGCUACGGGAUCCUCUCUGCAAUAGAGGAGUCGAUAAAAUCGACCACACCUUAUUCUUCACUUCCGAACGGGAAAGACAUGCACGAAGGGAUGCUGGAAAUGGUGACAUGGCAGUACUCCAACGAAACGUCCGCCGGCGCUGACCCAACGAUGUUGGAGAUGACCAACUCCUCCGCGAUUGUUGUUUCCGAACCCUUCCAGCCGGCUGGAGAAGAUAGCUCACAAUGCCGCAAUCCAAACAUCCUCUCGUAUGGAAUAUCCCUCCAGGUCCGGUUCUUGACCGGCCGCGCCGCACUCUCUGCACGAUCCAGGACAUUCGCAAACUUUACGCGGAGCGUGCCCUCCCCAUUUGCCGGCGGCGAUUACUCCACGAUCCCUGUGUGUGAAAACUAUACAUGGUUGCACGAUGAGAAUGCUUCGCAGCUUACGGACGACCAGAAGCUGGAAAUGCUGCAGUGCCAGAAUGCCAUACAGCAACUCAAACUGGGGGUGCAAGGUCGGGGCGUUCCAUUGCUCGAACUCCUGCUGUUAACGGCCCUGACAUGCGCAGACCUGCGCUUCUCGGGCGUCAACAACACCUGCAUCAACGCUUGGUACGCGGCCAACCCCGCUACGGGAGGCGCGCUGUACCUGGGCGCAGGGUCCAUGCAGAUGCUAGCCCUCACGCCCGAACGCAUGCGGCUCGCGCCGCUCAAGCCCGUCGGCCAAGUCUCCAUCUCGAUGAUGGGGCCCGGUCCGCAGUCCUUCGCGGACGACCUCAAUGUCGGCAGGCAGGUCCACGGCCUCCUUCUCGGCGUCGCGAGUUGGAAACUCGUCCUGGCCCUGCUCGUCGCCUGGGCUGGCCUUUUAUACGCCGUGACCGUGUGGGCAUUCGGUGCCGUCUGGGCUCCGGAGUUGCUGGAUGGCAGCAGCGGGGCCACCAGGGGUGCUUGCCAGGCUUCCGGAGACGAGGAUCAAAAGUUCCAGUAUUACGGCCCGCUGCUGGGGAUCCCUACCGCCGUUGAGGCGCGUGAGGCUAAGCUGGUUGGGCUGCACGGCUUUGCUAGUGUCAGUCUGUUACGGCGCCGAGGGGGGCAUUAG